UGUCAUCAGUGUGUUAAUCACCUGAGGGAGGAGUUUGUGAAGGAAAUGGUGAACAAACAGCUUCCAGGAUUUAGUAAACAUACAACACAGAAAAGACAUGUCAAGACCCUGAAAGACAAAGCAAAAAAAAAUAAAAAAAACAACAAAAAAACAGCUCUGGGGCAGAGAGCACAGUAUAUAUAGGUGUUACACAGGUGUUAGGUGAGGUGGGAUGAGGUGAAGUAACACCUCACUGCAGACAUGAUAAAUCCAAAGAUUUUCCUGACAGUCGCUGUACUCCUCCUGCUUACUGUCACUGAUGGCCGAUCCGCCCAGCAGGACGACAGCAACCUAUUUAGAUUUAACAUAAGAAUCCAGUUGACUGACAAUUUGAUUUGCCAUCAUCUUCAUCGUUAUCCUCAUCAUCAUCAUCAUGAUUUGGCAAAGGCGCGUGGAGACCAGAGGAUCACAGAAUUGCUGACAGAGUGUGCAUUAGAGUGUCAAAGUGUGGAUUCACCUGAAGUGGACUCCAAAGAAACUGGAGCAGUAAAGUGUAGUCUACGCUGUUCCAGUUCUCCUCAUUAUCAUCAUCCUAACCUUCGUCAUCAUCAUCGUCAUCAUCAUCAUCAUCAUCAGCAUGGUGCGGCUGAGGUUUUUGAGGAUGAGAUGAUCACAGAAUUGCUGAUGACACGUGCAAUGGAGCGCCUAGCAUGUUUGAAUUUACCUGAGCUGGACUUGACACAGGUGCAGCUGAAAAAGCUUCAGAUUGCCAUCGAUGAGAUGUUGAAGAACGUGACGACGGAUCUGGGAAGUUUGGAAUCACCUGAGAUGAACUUGAAACAAACUGAAGCAGGAUUAGGUCAUCUACGCUGUUUGAUUUCUCAUCAUCAUCAUCAUCAUCAUCAUCAUCAUCUCCUUCUUCAUUAUCGUCAUCCUCAUCAUCAUGCUGCUGAGAUGUCCAAGGAUAAAAAUAUCCCAGAGUUCCUGAUGGAUUGUGUGAUGGAGCGUCUUGAAAGUGUGGGUUUGCCUGAGAUGGACUUGACAGGGGUGGAGCUGGAAAAGCUUGAGAUGUCUAUCAACGAGAUGUUCAAGAAACUGACAACGGAUCUAGGAAGGUUGAAUUUACCUGAGAUUAAGUUGAUACAGGUGAAGAUGAAAAAGCUUCAGAUAUUCAUCAACAAGAUUUUUAAGAAACUGACAAAGGAUCCUGGAAGGUUGAAUUUACGUAAGACGAAGUUAAUACAGGUGAAAAUGGAGAAGGUUCAGAUGUUCAUCAACAAGAAGUUUAGGAAACUGACGAAGGAUCUAGGAAGGUUGAAUUUACAUGAAAUAAACUUGAAACAGGUAGAGCUGGAAAAGCUUCAGAUGUCCAUCAACGAGAUGUUCAAGAAACUGACAAUGUGUCUGCGAAGUUUGGAAUUACAGCAUCUUUGCCGCCAUCCUCAUCAUUGUCAUCCUCACCAUCAUUUGGCUGAGGCAUCUGAGGAGGAGAUGCUCAAAGAAUUCUCGAUGGAGUGGACGACAGAGCAUCUGGAAAGUUCAGAGUUACCUGUGAUGGACUCGACAGAAACUAGAGUAGGAAAAGAUCAGCACGGUUUGAUUUUGCAUUACCAUCAGCAUCCUCAUCAUCAUCGCAAUCCUCAUCACCACCGUCAUCAUCAUCAUCCUCGUCGUCAUCAUUAUCACCAUCAUCCCCAUGGCCAUCAACAUGGUUUGAUUUUGCAUCCUCUUCAUUAUCGCCAUCCUCAUCAUCCUCAUCACCAUCCCCAUCAUCAUCGUCAUCCUCAUCAUCAUCAUCACCAUCAUCAUCCUCAUCAUAAUCGGCAUCAUCAUAAUCCUCAUCACCCUCAUGGUCAUAAAUAUCAUCCCAAUCACCAUCAUCAUUCUUAUUAUUAUAAUCCUCAUCACCCUCAUGGUCAUCAACAAGGUUUGAUUUUGCAUCACCAUUGGCAUCCUCAUCAUCCCCAUCAUCCCCAUCAACGUCCCCAUCAUCAUCAGUAUCCUCAUCCUCAUCACCGUGCCCAUCAUCAUCCUCAUCCUCAUCACAAACAUCCUCAUCAUCACACUCAUCAUCAUAAUCCUAACCGACUUCAUGUUCAUAAACAUCACCCCCAUAAUCAUCACCAUCUUCACCUUCAACAUCUUCCCAGUCACCAUCAUUAUCCUCACCAUCAUAAUCCUAAACAACUUCAUGUUCAUAAACAUCACCCCAAUCAUCAUCAUCAUCAUCAUCAUCAUCAUUCUCAUCAACGUCCCCAUCAUCACCCUCAUGGCAAUCAACAAGGUUUGAAUUUGCAUCACCAUCAGCAUCAUCAUCACCAUCCUCAUCAUCCCCAUCAGCGUCCCCAUCAUCAUCAUAGCAUCCUCAUCAUCAUCGCCAUUCUCACUAUCCACAUCAUCGUCCCCACGAUCAACGUCAUCGUCAUCCUCAUCGCAAUCGUCGUCAUCAUCACCCCCAUCAUCAUCGUCAUCCUCAUCAGCAUAAUCCUCAUCACCCUCAUGGUCUUCAACAUCAUCCCAAUUACCAUCAUCAUCCUCAUCACCCUCAUGGUCAUAAACAUUAUCCCAAUCACCAUCAUUAUCCUCACCAUCAUAAUCCUAAACAACUUCAUGUUCAUAAACAUCACCCCAAUCAUCAUCAUCAUCCUCAUCAACGUCCCCAUCAUCACCCUCAUGGCAAUCAACAAGGUUUGA